AUGGCGGCGGCGGCGGCGAGGAACAGAGGGGGAAGCGUCCUGUUCAGCCAGAACGUCAAGAUAACCCAGCUGGGCAAGUGCGGGAGGAUCGAGGAAGCCGCCACAGUCUUCUCCUCCAUGCCCCGCCGCAACACCGUCUCCUUCAACGCUAUGAUCUCUGCCUUCGCCAAGAACAACCGCCUCGCCGCCGCCCGCCGCCUGUUCGACCAAAUGCCCGCCAGAAACCUCCUCUCUUGGAACUCCAUGCUCGCCGCCUACUGCCACCAUGGGAGAUCCCUCGAAGCUCUGCAACUCUUCCAGAGAAUGCCCUCCAGGGACCCCUUCUCCUUCGCCCUCAUGAUCACCUGCUUCUCCAGGAAAGGGAUGAUGGACGAGGCCAAGAAGAUCUUCCUCCAGAGUAGAAGCAGCUGCUGCAACUCCGUCGUCUGCUACAACGCCAUGAUUGCAGGGUACGCCAAGAACGGGAGAUUCGAGGAGGCGAAGCUCCUGCUGGCGGCGGCACCAUCGCCGGACAUGAUCUCCUGGAACUCGGUGCUCGCGGGGUACACGCAGAGGGAGAAGAUGGGCGCCGCCGCGAGCUUCUUCUUCAAGGAGAUGCCGGAGAGGGACGCCGUCUCGUGGAAUCUGAUGGUGGACGGGUUCCUGCGCGGCGGUGAGAACGCAGCUGCUUGGGACUAUUUCCGGCGAACUCCUCGCCGGAACAUUAUCUCCUGGGUGACGAUGGUGAGCGGACUCGCGAGGGCCGGCAUGGUGGCGCAGGCGAGGGAGCUCUUCGACCAGAUGCCGGAGAAGAACCUCGCCGCCUGGAACGCCAUGAUCUCCGGCCAUGCUCAAGCCCUGCAGAUCCACGAAGCCCACCAGCUCUUCUCCCAGAUGCCGCAGAGGAACGCCAUCUCCUGGACCGCCAUGAUCAGCGCCCUCGCCAGCGCCGGAAGCCUUGCCACGGCGAGGGACCUGCUCCGGCGGAUGCCCUUCCGCCGGAAGACGGCGGCGCAGACGGCGGUGAUCUCUGGGUACGCGAGGAUCAUGAACAUGGAGCAAGCUCGGGAGCUGUUCGAGCAGAUGACCGAGAGGGACGUCGUCUCCUGGAAUGCCAUGAUCGCAGGGUACGCCCGCUGCGGAAGAAUGGAGGAGGCCCUCCAACUAUUUCAGAGCAUGCCGGAGAAGGACGUCGUCUCCUUCAACACCAUGAUCGCCGGCUUCGCUCAGGCCGGGCAACCUGCGCAGGCGGCGGCGCUGUUCGAGCAGAUGGGCAACGAGAGGAACACCAUUUCAUGGAACUCGAUCAUCGCUGGGUUGACCCAGAACGGCCUCCACCACGAGGCGCUGAGGAAGCUCAUCUCCAUGCUGCGCGCGGGCGAAAGGCCCGACGGGUCAACACUCUCCUGUGGGCUCAGCGCCUGCGGCAACCUGGCGGCGCUUUUCGCCGGCGAGCAGCUCCACGCUGCCGUCGUCAAGUUCGGCUUCUCCGGCGACGCCUCCGCCGGGAACGCGCUUAUCGCCAUGUACGGCAAGUGUGGGGAGAUCUCUGCGGCGGAGAGGAUCUUCAGAGAGAUGCAGGCCCCCGAUGUGGUCUCCUGCAACUCGCUCAUCUCAGGGCUCGCCAUGAACGGCGGCGGGGCGGCGGCGCUGGAGCUCUUCCGGGAGAUGGUCGGAGCGCUGAAGAUCCCCCCCGACGAGGCCACCUUCGUGGGCGUCCUCUCCGCUUGCAACCACGCGGGGCUCGUCGAAGAAGGUCUGCAAAUCUUCCGCUCCAUUUCAGGACCUUCUGUGGAGCACUUCGCCUGCGUGGUGGAUCUCCUCGGAAGGGCCGGGAGAGUGGAGGAGGCGUACGAGCUGGUGAAGAAGACGAUGGCCGCCGGCGGCGAUAUGACGGCGACAGCCGGUGUGUGGGGGGCGCUGCUGGCGGCGUGCCGGGUGCACUGCCGGAACCCUAAUCUGGCCGGCGUCGCCGCCGGGGAGCUGGCGGACCUGGAGAAGAACUACUACGUGGGGCUGUCGAACGUCCAUGCAGAGGAGGGGAGGUGGGAGGAGGCAGAGAGGGUGAGGAGGAUGAUGAGGGAGAAGAAGGUGAGGAAGGAGACGGGGUGCAGCUGGAUAGAGGUCAACGGGGAGGUGCGGGCUUUCGCCGCAGGUGGCCCGGGACAGCACAGGGUGAGCCCGACUUGGGGGGUGCUAGAGACGUUGACCGAGCAGAUCAGGAGGAUGACGGCUGCAACUGCGGCGGGGGAGUUGACUUUUAAUACGGCUGACGUGGAGGGGUGA